GAAAGGUGUGACUCGGCUUACAAUAGCCUACAUCAUUUUAACGAUUUGGGAUAAUAUAGAGACUUUUGCACGUUCUCUAGAAAUUCAUCCAGAGGAAUGGGCUUGUGAAUUCGUCAUGUUUCUGCAUGAAUUAUGUUCUCUUUGGCAGCACAACGCACGUCAUUAUUCAGAAUCAGAUAAGCAUAAGGAUUCAACACGCGAAUAUGAUUUCAAGCCUUUACCAAACAGACAGAAAGACAUAAAAGCUUGGACGCCUCAGUCAUACUCUCACAACUCACAGGCUGUACAGAUUUGCAGGCCACAUGAACUGGAUUCGGAGUGUUCUGGUUCACAUCUUUCUCUCACUGAUUUCCUCUAUUGCUUUUGGGAUACCCGACGAGUUAACCCAUCAGUUAUCUGGAAAUGUCAAAGGAAAGAUCAUUUUUCAUCAAAUGGAAGGGAAUUCAACAUACUUGCGGGAUAGUGGGAAGCUGGCAUCUUGCAUACCCACCAUGGUUUCAUUUGAGCUGUCUGACCCGAGGCAUAACCUGCACUCUGUCACAUUUAUAUACACAUGGGACAUGGGCAAUGGGGAAGUGCGUAAAGGCUCGGCACCUUUUCUGAAGUAUUACUACACUAUACCAGGGAACUACACGCUUAAAUUGAGCAUUGAAACCAAUAACCCCCAACAUUCCAGAAUGACUGGACUGUACUCUGUGUAUUUGACUGUGUUAGAUGCUAUAAGGAGCGUUGAAUUGAGAGGACCUUCAACUUAUAACGUGGACGAAAGCAGCAGUCUGUCCUUUCAUGUUGGAGGAAGUCCUCCUGUUUGGAUGUGCUGGAGAUUUUUGUCUGAUUGCCAAACUCCUAGUCCAGCUUCCUGCAAUUUAGUCAGGCUCUACGGGAACAUAUUCAAUCUGAACUACACCUUCACAUCAGCUGGAACAUAUUGCUUAGACCUGAGUGUGAGGAAUAAUAUCAGCAACCUCCAGACAUCCUACGACAUCUAUGUGCAGAGCAGUCAUGUGAGUCUUCUCUUCAUUUUACCCUGCACUGCAGUGAUUGUUGCUACCCUCAUAUUCAUCUCUGUGUCAGUGUGUCGUCCACGGCAGCAAUCCCUCAUCUCUAAGGCACUGGUCGCAGAAAGGAAUUAUCUCUCCUUCACAGACAUUGAGUUGCGUGUCAAGGAUGCAACCAUCCCUUUAUAGGGCAAUUCUCCUGCUUCUAAGACAAAUGAAGUCAUCAGCCAGGGGGGCUUCCCACAACAACCAACCCUGUUAGUCUCACGGUGACCACCCCAAACUGAAAUACAUUUGAAGUAUUCAUUUCCUUUUGAUCCUUCUUUCAAUGCAUGCAUUUCAUUAUUUUGUUACACUGUCAAUCUAUUUACAUUUGAAGCUAAGACAGAGAAGGCAGGUAGCUGUAGACACACAAUCCUAUAAAUAUCCCAAAUCAGAACCCAUGAAAGCUUUUCAUUUUGCUCACCUGAAUCAUCACUCUUCUGUGUCACAGCUGUUUUCUCUGCUCUUUUACUUGAGUAGGUUUCAAGGUUCCACUUCAUAAAGGUUCCAUUUGUUAAUGCAAAACUCCUCGAGAUCCUAAUGGAUGUUGACAUUGGUGAUGAACCUUUUAAAGUAGAAAAGUACAUAAGGUUUGAGGGAUUGCAUGCAGUUCAACAAGUGUGCUUUGGAAUAUUGUUACAAUUUUAGACCUGACCCACAUGUACAAAACACACGGCUGUACAGAAAACCAUCAUAUUUCUUUGCAAGUGAUUAUGAGUGAGAGUUUCCUUGUAUAAGACCUAGAGCUCUUUCUGCUGGAAUGAAUGAGUCUGACCUGUAUAUUCCUGCUGUGAUGAUCAAUGACAUUUGCCAUCUGCACUGUGAGGUACCAGGAAGACAAGAAUUACAGCUCCACAAGGGACUGCACAAUAUCUCUGUAGGUUAAAGGCUACAGAUGAGCAAUGCAUCAUACAUCUAGUAAUAACUGUGCCCUUCAGCUCAAAAGCUGAGGCAUUAUUCUUGCCCUUGGAGGUGUAACAGGAGUCAUGUGUGUGUGGAAGGACUUGAAAAUGUUUCUUUACAAAAGUUAAGCCAAAAUUUUAAUCUUUUU